GUCGUGCAGAUUACACAGUCGUCGGGUAUAAAUACCCCGAUGUAUCCAUAGCCAAAGUAGCAACCUCACAGGCUCGGUCGCCACCAAAAUGAAGGUCUUUGUGCUUCUUCUCGCCCUGGUCUUCGCAAGCGCAGAGGACGUCGACAACCUGAUUGUCGGCGGCAGCGCUGCCACGUAUGGCGACCACCCGUACAUGUGCUCCUACCAGGUUCUGAGUGGAGGGUCGUGGUUCCACAUCUGCGGCUGCAUUCUGUACAACACCCGCUCGGCCCUCACCGCUGCCCACUGCGUUGGCUCCUACACCACCACAAGAGUGCAGCUGGGAUCACACGUGCUGUCGAGGACAGACACCUACCAGGUGGAGAGAAGCGUCAGCAAGUAUACUUCGCACCCCAGCUACAGUGGCAGCGCUGCCGGUUACCCCAAUGACAUCGCCGUCUUGGAGUGGACCUCUCCUGUCACCAUGAACAACUACGUCAGAGGCGCCACGUUGGACGACGGGUCCGCCAGCUGGGCUGGUCAGAACUGCGAGCUGAUUGGCUGGGGCAGACUGACUGGUGGCGGAUCAUCCGCUGACACUCUGCAGAAGCUGACCAUUGGCAAGAUCACCAACGCUGACUGCAGCAGCCGCUGGUCAGGUGUCUCUGGUGCCACCAUCAACGCCAACCACAUCUGCUUCUACACUGGAACUGGCAAGAGUGCCUGCAAUGGUGACAGUGGCGGCCCCGCUGCCUGCUUCAGGAACGGCUCUCGCGUCAUCGUGGGUGUCACCUCUUGGGGUAUUGGAACGUGCAACGGCUCGUACCCGAGUGUAUACACCCGCAUCUCCAAGUACCGCUCAUGGAUCACAUCCACCGCACCAUCGUCUUAGGCAGUUGUCAUCGCUGGACCGUUUGUGUGGCUGGCAGCUGACCGAAGGCUAUCGUCUUCUGAACUCUUUGACUGUCCUUUACAGUUAAGACGAAUGGCGGAGGCCAUCCUUUGUGUGGUAACGCUGUUAGGUUUCAGCAUGAAAUAAAAGAAACACAAGGCCA